UUCUCCUAGCCUUUUUCUUAAGUGCUAGCUUCUCCCUCCAUAAAAAGCCCUACCUUGCUCCACUCCCAAUCCCACAAAUUAAACUCUCAUUCUCAUUCCCAAAUCCCUCCCAAGCUCCCACCUUUCCCCUAUAUAUAUAUCCAUGGCCACCCCUUUCAUCCUCCUCCUUCUCCUCGCCGGAAUCUCUCCAUCCCUUGCUCAGUCCUGCCUCUCCGACACCUUCUCCGGAAACCAAAUCUACACCUCCUGCAGCACCCUUCCUUACCUCAACGCCACCAUCCACUGGAGUUAUCACCCAGACAACGCUACCAUCGACAUCGCCUACCGUGCUCCCAUCCCCUCCAACGGCUGGGUUGCAUGGGCUCUCAAUCCCACCGGCCAGGGCAUGAUCGGUGCUCAGUCUCUUAUCGCCUUCUCCGGCUCCGACGGAGCCUUGCUAGUGUACUCCACCGCCAUCUCUAGCUACACUCCUGAUAUCAAAGAUGGCAACUUGAGCUUCACGGUGUAUAGCAAGUCAGGGGAGUUAUUCAAUGAGACAAUGACCAUCUUUGCGACGUUGGAGUUGCCCGGGAAUAGCACCACUGUGAAUCAAGUUUGGCAGGCUGGACCAUUGAGCAAUGGCGUGCCGGCGCAGCACGCGACGACUGGUGACAAUAUUAAGUCGGCCGGGAGCAUUGAUUUUCUCUCAUGAGCCGAUGAUAAUUAGUAGUAGUAGUAGUGAUUUAUAUAUAUGGUUCUC